UCAAUUUCUCAUUUCAAGCGGAAAGCUCGCCGCGAACGCACGCAGAACUCGGAGCAGGCGGAAAAAAUAUAAUAAAUAUUUAUAAGUGGCCCAGUAUUAUUCAUCCAAAAUAUCCAACGAUCGAGUGGCGCGUAACCUGUGCGUGAGUGAUAAGGAGUUAAUUUAUAAAGGAAGUGACGAAGUACCCGCAUAUCUAAAAAACGCAAAAAUGUCUCUGCGCAAAAGUUUAACCUUAUGCACUGCGCUUCUGUUGGUUCUGCUGUUGGCUGAUUCCCAUGCCAAGCCCUCGCAGGACUUAAACACACCGGGCGAGCUAAGUGAUCUGAGAGGGAAGAGAGGAGGAGCGGUGUCCAAAAAUAAGACAGCUGUCGUGGAGGAUUCUGUACCGGAUUCCGACUCAGAAGCGGAAUCAGAGGAACAGCAAAGGCGUUCAUAUCCCCACCGUGAUGAAGAUCAACUUAACUCAGCCACCAACUUGGUUUUGGCCAGAAACUACAAGUAUGAUGUGGAGAUCCUAGAAUCUGGAGAUGCAGACCAACAGGAAGACAGUAACAUGGAUGAUAUGGACGAUCUGGAAGAGCGUUUCAAGGGACGCGGUGUGGUUUUCAGCACGGACACUGACACCUUUGCCUCUGAGAAUAUCGAGAUGACCCCAGUGGAUGUGCAAGCGGAUGCGGUUAGUCAGGGACACGUGUUGCUUGGCAUCGUGGUAGUGACACUGGCCUUGCUUUCCAUUGGCCUGUACGCCGGCCUGGUCUUAUGGCGCUCGCACCUGGAGCAGCGGUAUGGAAUGCGCGAGCGGUUGGUGAACCGGGAUCUCGAGGAGGAGGCGGGCGGCGCUGAAGAAGUCGAUUAUCACGUCUACGCCCCGACUACGACGCCAGCAACGUCCAGGGCGUAGUCCGCAGAAAAUCUGGUCCGAUUUGAACCUAUCCAGUGUGCGACAAUUGGACCUGGUUGCGGUUUAAGUGCGCACUCACCACAUAAUAUAGACGACGAUAUAUUCAAUCCCAGCGACAGAGAUGGAGGAUGGAGAGUGCGCUCGAACGUCUAAUGAAUGCCAUAAAUUUCCACGACAAGCUGAAAAGCAUUCCGCUUCCCAAUUACACUCUAAUGGCGAUGCUAAAGGUCACGCCGAUAUCUAGCAUCGCAGUUGACAAGACCCAAUUAGUUAGUAAGUUUCUGUGAUAUUGUUCUAGAGAUUCUUUUGUACGUCCUUGCACUAACAAUAUGCAUAGAUCGCAAGUUGGUAAACGAUAAUAAAUUCCAAUUUGUAAAUGUAAAUUAAAUGUAAA